AUGACCGUAGUGAUACAAAAAUUAACAAAGCGUAUCAAUGAUGUACUUUCUCGUAUUGAACAGGAAAAGACUAGCCUGUCACAGAUUCCGUUAAUAGACCGCGGGAAAAGUAGCGACAAGAUUGAUAGCAGCGAAAAGUAUGAUUUCGACACUCAAAACGACAAAAGCGAAGGAGACGACACCUCACUUGAAGAAGAUGCUCUCGUUCAUCAAGAACAGAAUAUAUGUCGUUUGCGAAGAAAUAUGACUGAAACCUUUCGAUUGGUUACAAGAAAGUUUCAAGAACGAGGUGCAACAGGCUCUAUUGGCCCAUUUGGACCAAAAGGAUCAAGUGGUGACAAGGGACAGAAAGGAAGUUUGGGGCCAAGAGGUAUUGAAGGAGCUGAUGGAGAUCCUGGGCCAGCCGGUCACACGGGACCAGUUGGCCCAUGUGGCUCAAAGGGAGAAAAGGGACUGAAAGGGAUACCAGGUGUAACAGGCCUAAGAGGACCGCAAGGAAUUCCUGGACAACCAAUAGACCAGAAGACGCUUGAAAAGUACUUUAGUCCUGUAAGGGCGUUACAGACAGAGGUAUCGAACAUGAAGCUCACUUUGCAGUCGUUGGCAAGCAACGAUCAACCCGCCGCUCAUUUGCACGGGAAUGGGAAAUCUGGAACAUACAGUUCCAACAGCAUUAUUACGGACUGGUAUACUGCUAGCGGUCAGUGGUAUUCUCCUAUUCUGAGAGGCGGAAUGACAUACAGUAACGGAUACAUUACCGUACCGAAAGAUGGACUCUACUAUAUCUAUGGACAGGUACGUUUCGAUCCAGAGUCGGGACAAACGUAUUCUGGAUUCUACAUCUUCUUGAACAAUCAAUAUGUUGAUUUCACUUUCCAACAAAUUCAAUCACCUAACGGUUCCCAGGAUUACACUCGUUAUUCCGGACUUCUAAAAUUGGUCAGCAAAGGAGACAGGAUCUACAUGAAGUUUGUCUAUACUGUUGACGCUUAUAUGCAUUCCUAUUACUCUCAGUUUGGAGCCUUUCGUGUUGCUUAGCCAGUGCAAUAUCAUUUGCUGUCGUUUCGCUGUCAAAUGAUUGUUGUUUGCGUAAACUAUACGUGUUGUUGAUGCCUUUCUUAAUUCUUCGAGUUGUCUGAAAUAAAGAAAUUAAAGUUUGUAGUGUGAA